CUCUACAUUUUCAUAUUCAAAACCAAAACAUGAACUUCCUGAUCUCUUGCAUUAUAUUCAUACUUCUUCUUCCUUCACUAAUCACAUCACAAACUUGUCAAAAAUCAUGUGGCAAUAUACCAAUCAAAUACCCUUUUGGCACUGGUCCUGGCUGUGGCGAUCCGCGAUUUCAACCUUAUGUUAUCUGCAACAAUCAACAACUCUCUUUCAAGACACACACAGGAUGUUAUCCUGUUACAUCCAUAGACUACAACCACCAAAUCAUGUACAUUACUGACCCUUCUAUGUCAACAUGUGCUUGUACACAACCAAGUAAAGGCUUUAGUCUAGACGCUAACGCGCCUUUUUCCUUUCAUGAUGAAACAGUUUUCGCGUUGCUUGAUUGUGCAACUGAUUCUUCGUCAAUCUACAAAUCGAAUAAUGAAGGGACUAACUCAACUUUCCCUAUGUGUGACUCUCAGGGUGCCCCUGUUUGUAGCUUAUUAUAUUCUUGUCAAGCUAUUAGUAGACUCAAUUUACCAAUUUCAACUUGUUGUGUUUACACACCUGUUGAUCUUGGUCCCGCGUUUGAGAUGGACUUAAAUAAGUUGCAGUGUUCAUCAUACUCUGCUUUAUACGGCUUUAGUGGCGAAGAAUUGAAUCCUCAAGUAUGGAAAUAUGGGAUCGCGUUGAAAUACAAGUUCAAUUUCAACAAUGAUUAUCCUGAUAUGUGUGCUAAUUGUGAAAAAAGCAAUGGUGUUUGUGGCUAUGGAGGACCUUAUAGUUCAUUUGUAUGCAAUUGCCCUAGUGGAUUCAACACGACGAACGAUUGUUUCCUUGGAUCAUCUUGGAGUAACAGCUUCAGAAAUGUUCCAUGGCACAUUGGGGUUCUGUUGAUUAACGCGUUCAUCGUGUUCGUGUUAAUGUAGGAUGUUACAAUCUUUUGCUGGUUUUAAUUGAUUCAUGGAGAAUCCUUGGAUCUUCUUGGUUUGUUGUAAAAUGAUAAAUAAUGGUUGAGAAAAAACAGGGAGGUUAAUGCAAAAGGGUGGAUUUUUUUUUCUUUUUUUUUGGAUCAUUUUUGUAUGUGUUGGGUAAUUACAUUAUGCUAAAAUGAUCAAAUUUAAUUUCUUUAGCUUUGUUUGAA